CAAGAGGGCACCGUUUUCCCGGAGAUAAAUUAUAAUUCUCAAUCGUGCAUUUUUACCUCGACGUUUGGCCCUCGAGACACUCUGUAGGACCGUCGGUAUGGCGCGUUCAUAUAUUUAGACACGUCACAGCACGACACAUGUUGGGUGGCUUUUCCGAACAACUUAAAAGCAAUACAAACUGACAUACAUACAGAGGUGAAUAUGGCGGACGUUUCUGAGAGGACGCUGCAAGUUGCAAUCGCUAUUUCAUUCGCAGUCGGUUUCCUUUCUGGAUGGCAGGCCAACCGAGCGCGGAGGAAGUUCCUGGAUUGGAGAAAGAAACGACUGCAGGAUAAACUGUCAGAAACACAGAAGAAACUGGACUUGGCAUGAACGUGAAGUAGGGUCAUCACCAAAAUAAAUGUUCAGUUGUCAGAUCAUGGACUUCCAAUAAAGUGACUGGGCUCGUUGUCUCAACCAGCAGAACUGAAGCAAGAUACAAUGACAAGUUUCUGAACAUGUUUUGGUGACAGUGUUUUGCUGGGUCCGUCUUCUCAAAUGUGCUCCAGACAUCUUCCAGACUACUGCCGUUUUUACGUUUAAUAAAAGUAUGUGUUUUCUUA